CAUACUAUCGCGCGCUUCACGUAGCCCAGACUCUCUCUCUCUCUCUCUCUCUCUCUCUCUCUCUCUCUCUCUCUCUACGCCAUAUGCUCCAACCAUGGCUUGCAAGGCAUGCCGCGCAAAGAAGAUCAAGUGCGACCGCGUCCGACCCGUUUGCCAAAACUGCAGACAACGUGCCAGCCUCUGUUCUUACGCUGGCGAGCGACGGGUGCGCCGAUGGACAGAAGCCGACGCCGAUAACAGAUGCCCUUCCAUCUCUCAGAAUGAUCAAAGCCCGAGCGUCACCGACAUAGAUCAGCAUUCCGUGCAGAGACUGCCCGAUGCCGACCCCGCUGCACACCAGAAUCAACCAAAACCAUGCUCCCAGCCUGCUGCCGGCUCAUCGCACAUUAUGGCUGACGGGACCGCGCAGAAUGACGCUGGAUUAGAUCGUCUUGGCUAGAAUCCCGCCGUUCCGUCAGGCUGGCAAGCCAUGGAUGCGAAUUCAAUGGCUAUUCUCUUCGCUGAGAUGGCCCGCAACAGUGAGGUCAUCCUCCAGACUCCCGCCGGUUCCACCUCAACUAAAGGUGAAAGUCUGCUUGACAAGAUCCUAGACGGCGAUGAGGACUUGAACAGCCUCAAAGAGGCCAGUCCGGCCCCGUGGGGCCGAAGCAACGACGGUGAUGAGUAUACCGGCCCCUCCUCCGGCAUCUCCACCGUUUCCGACCUCGGUCUCAACUGGAUACGAGAGAAAGUCCCCGACUCGGACCGUCUCUGCGAGACCAUUCAAGAUAUACGGAAUGGUAUCUUGAGUCACAUUCGCCAACCAAAGUGUAUCACCCAAGACUUGCCACUCGCUCUAUUGACGCCUCAUCGGAUUUUCGACCUUGCCCAGCCGCAGCUACUAGAGUAUGUCGAUGCCUAUUUCACGCAGGUCCAGGUGGUCUUCCCCAUCUUAGACCGAGAUUCAUUUCAUUCUCAGCUGGCUGAAAUGGGAGAUGGUACCGGUUCUGUUCAAAAGCCGUCUUGGAUGGCAUUGUUGAACGUCGUCGUGGCCUCUGGACUUCGAGCUUUACUUUCUGACGAAACAUCUGAGGCUUUUCGAACAUCCGGAUCUGAAGCGUGGGGAUACUUCCGGUCAGCUCUGUCGUACGAGUCUCAAAUUGUACACGGUGCCACCGAACUAUGGUCUGUGCAAGCAGUAGCCUUGAUGGCCGUUUUCGCGCAAGGGCUGUCAAGUCCCCAGAGGCUGGAAUAUACACUUUCCUCGGUGGCUUCACAGCUAGCACAAAGUAUUAGACUCAACUGCACCCCACCCCCCGAGUGGAACCUUUCUGAGGUUGAGAAGAAGGAGCGGAAUCGCGUCUUCUGGGCAGUCUAUUGUCUGGACAAGUCAAUCGCCUUACGCUGCGGCCGACCUGCAGUUCUCUGCGACGAAGAAAUUAGCUGUCGCUUCCCGCAAGGAAUCAACUUGGUCCAUUCGAGUUCAGGAGAUACCGACACCGAGAUAGGCGAAAAAACGUUGGAGGUUGACUUCUUUCGAUACUUUGCAAAGCUUGCGCGCAUCGGCGGGGACAUAUCCCGGUCCUUGUAUUCUGCGAGCGCUCUCUUUAUGUCAAUAUCUCGGCUAGUUCCAACUUUGGAUCGAUUGCUUCAAGAUUUGGAGGGAUGGCUGGAGUCUAUUCCAGCCAAAGUCCGUCCCGGUAGACCACUAAGCAAAGUCCUUGGGAGACAGGGACUCUCACGAGUACAGACCAUUGUUCUGCAUUCAUCCUAUUACUACGCGCUGUGCUCCAUCUUUCGAGGAGGAUCACCCAUGUUCAAUCAAGGUAACCGGAAUAUAGUACACCUUAUUGAUAGGAGGUCUCAUAUAUCACACAUAUAGGCUGCAAGAUCGAUUGUCUUACUCACUAAGCACCUCGAUAUCGAGAGCUUCACUCCCGCAUGAUAUGUCCCACCCUCCUCUUAUCGCCUCUUUUCAUAUGUCAAACAGCACAGCGAGCCCUUCACAGCCUCUGUCAC